UAGUGGCAAGUUAUUCUAUCCAAGGACGGUGUCUGAGUGUGUACGGGCUCAUAUUAAAGUGUCCUACACUAGGUUUAUGAUGAUGGAUGACAGGGACCCAUCCACACUGUUGGAUCUUGCUAUACAAAGUCUACUGAGCAAUGAACCUGUUGCAAUCCAUUCACUGGGCGAGAUCCCAAGGGAGCUUUUUGUUCCAUUGUUCUCUGCUGCCUUCAUGGGAGGAUAUAGGAAGACACUGAUAGCAAUGGUGAAGGUUUGGCCCUUUACUUGUCUCCACAUUGGAACACUGAGUGUUCAGGAACCCCAGCGUGAACUCCUGAAAGCCAUGGUUGAGAAUUUUCAGUUCCUACCUGUCCAUAACUCAACUUCUAGAAGCCCUAAACUGAGGAUCCUAGAUGUAAGACAGGGUGUUGACUGCAGGACAACAUGCCCUGAGUUUGGUAUUAGAUCACCUACUUGUUUUCAUAGCUGUACUCACUCUGUACAAUCUAUUAUGAAGUUAGAAAGCCAAUGCAGCCUUGCAGAUCCAAAUCCUGAAAGUCAGUCCUCAAGGCAGCCUAUGGAAUUACUAGUAGAUCUAUCCCUUGAUGGCACCUUGAGACAACGAGAAUUUUUUGCUUUGCUUCUGAAUAAAGUUGAGCAGAGCUCAGGGUCCUUACACCUCUGCUGCCGAGAGUUGCAAAUUGAUAAAUUUUCUUAUGCAAGAAACAUUCUCAAGUUUCUAGAUCUGACAUGCAUUCAUAACCUGGCAGUUGAUCAGGCUUCACUGAGUGAAGUCACCAACCUUAUGGCUCACAUGAUCUAUCUGGAUAGCCUUAGUCUGUCUAAAAUCACUUGCACGUCUUUGCAUGGGAAAGUCUUCCGGAUGUUUCUCAACUAUCUUGGGCAGAUGAAUUGCCUGAAAGAGCUCAACUUGUCUUCCUUCAGCCUCACAGAUCAUCUGGUCAGCCUACUCAGAGCCUUACCACCUAAUUUGGAUUUCUUGUAUCUGCCAUUCUGUGAAAUUUCUUACAGAGACCUCAAAUGUCUGUCCCAGAGUCCUCAGGCCACCCACCUAAAGCUGUUGAAUCUUAGUAACAAUCCAAUGUACUGGGAUGACUGUGGGCCCUUUCAGAUUCUUUUGCAGAAACUCUCAGAUACCUUGCAGCAUUUGGCUAUAAACCAUUGCCAUUUAACAGAUGCUGUACUGUCUGCUAUCCUUCCAGCCCUAACGAAGUGUUCCCAUCUCCGUGUGAUUAGCUUUGUCUCUAAUCCCAUUACGAUGCCUAUGCUUAUGAGAAUCGUUCAUUACUUUACACCUUUGAUGGAACUGAAAUAUGUGAUUUAUCCUAUCCCUGUGCAUUGCUAUGAACAAUGGCACAUUCAUGGCAGCUUAGACCGACAGAAGCUUGCUGAUGUCCAAGCACAACUGAAAGCGAUGCUACAAGCAGCAAAGCGGAGUGACAUGAAGUGGAUCACUUAUUCUCAGUAAAUUUCUGAGUUUAACCCAGUUUCAACCCUAAUAUGUGACCUGUUAAAUGUUCAAUGUUCUUUUCUGGAGCUCCUAGGAUCAUAUGUAAGAUUCUUGUUAUAGAAAAUUAUAGCUACAAAAUAUGGACAUGUAAGUGAUUGAUAUGGAAUAUGGACAUGUAAGUGAUUGAUAU